GUAAACUCGUUUCCUCCUCUCUUUCUAUCUCCUUUCAAAAUUGAAAAAUUCACUUUCCUUAGAGAGAGAGAGAGAGAGAGAUUGUCACUGUUCUCCGGUCACCGGAAAUUGACUUAAGUUCCGAUGGCUAUCACUGACCGUCAGAAUCCGAGGGCGGAGACGAAGAGUCUCUUCAGGCUAUUCCCUUUCUGGCAGAGGAGAACCACCAUCUCCUCUUCUCCGUCGUCAACUCAGAAUCAACCUGACCGCAAUCGACAUCGGAAUACGGAUGUAUCCAAGCCGUCAUCCGCCUUGUCUAUCUCUUCCGUCGCGAGAUCAAUUCUCCCCGCUCGCCGUCGUCUCCGACUAGAUCCUUCCAGCUAUCUCUAUUUCCCUUAUGAGCCUGGGAAGCAAGUGCGAAGCGCAAUCAAGCUUAAGAACACUAGCAAAUCUCAUACUGCUUUCAAGUUCCAAACAACUGCACCGAAGAGCUGUUACAUGCGUCCUCCUGGUGGCGUUUUGGCUCCAGGGGAGAGCGCCUUUGCUACUGUGUUUAAGUUCGUGGAACACCCAGAGAACAAUGAGAAACAGCAGUUGAACCAGAAGAGCAAGGCUAAGUUUAAGAUCAUGAGCCUCAAAGUCAAACCCGGUGUUGAGUUUGUCCCUGAGUUGUUUGAUGAGCAAAAAGAUCAAGUCACCGUGGAGAGGGUUCUCCGGGUCAUUUUUCUUGAUGCAGAACGCCCAAGUGCUGCACUGGAGAAACUGAAACGUCAUCUGGAUGAAGCUGAAGCUGCAGUUGAAGAAAGAAAGAAGCCUCUACCGGAGACAGGGCCUCGUGUGGUCGGGGAAGGUCUUGUGAUAGACGAAUGGAAGGAGAGAAGAGAGAAGUACCUUGCUCGACAACAAGUCGAAGCCAUUGAUUCUUCUUCCUAAAACGCAGAGAGGAACUUGCAUUUUUCAUUUGCGGAGGUAAGAAACCCUCUUCUCCAUCAUCUUUUGCAGCUGUACAUAAUUUGUAUCCGUCUAUUUUUAUGUGUGUUAUAAUGUCUAAAGUGGCUACUUUGUGGUUUCUUGUAUGUCUCUGCUUCUUGUGUGAUUCACGCCGUUUUCAUCAAAUUUUGUUUCGGUUUAAACGAAUUCAUUAUUCUAGAAUCGAACCAUAGCUUAGUUCA